UCUUACUAUAAUGUAGCCUGACAAUGGGCAUACUCGGAAUUCUUGCGAUAUCGACAAUUAAGCAGUCCUAUUAGGGUCUUGCUUUACUUCCCAUAUGCUUAUGGGGCUAAGAUGCCUUUAAAUCAAAGCACUUUACAUAGAACCCCGCCACCACCAACCGAUCAUUCUCUCCAUCUUAAUUCUCCCAGCGGCAGCCAUGAGACGGUGCCAAGUGACCCACCAGAGUGGCAUAACGACUUGAGCCAGAACGCGACAGCCAACAACAAUGCCAUAGAGGUUAAUGUCCCCUUCUUCCGGAAAGAAUCUGGUUCUUGGAAUACAGAGAAGCCAAACUUGCAUACUCAAUGCCAGGUCGCCCCUCCUAUGCCUAUCACGGCGCACAGCAGUAGCGCUGAUGACUAUCGGAGCGUCAUUGACGACCUAACGCUCGAGAUUCAACAGCUUAGGAAGGAACUUAAGCGCUACAAGCAACCGGGCCCUGCUAUGCUCCAUAAAGGCAAGCUAUUUGAGAUCAAGGUUCAUAGGCUGCCCCAAAACAAAAAGAGAGAACUCGAGGCCACACUGAGAGACUUUGCCACUGAUCUCAAUGGCCAUGCAGAGGUGUCAUCAUCGCAGAAAAGGAGAAAGAUAUCCUCCCUCAAUCGCGAUAACACAUACUCCAAAUCUGGAAUUCAGCGCAAACAUGCCCCUUCCUCUCUAGGUUCCAACCUCCAGCCAGCUGACUCUGCUUACGCCUCCAUAUCGGCCGGUGCCGAGUCUUCAAGCACGCCUUCUAACCUCCCCAUCUUGACUUCAACCAAAUCAUCAAAGGAUAAGGUUGAGGGUUAUCUAAGAGAUGUUCCCGACGGCCUGUACCCACGACACGUAAUCAUGACAGACAAUGAGCGGAAGAGUCUCGUUGUUCGUCGCCUCGAACAGCUCUUCACAGGCAGAAGUAACGAUGCCUAUAUCUCUAAGAUGCCGCCUAUGCGGCCGGGUGGUAGCUUCAUUAUGGCGCGGGUUGUAUUGGAUGCACAGGUGGCGGACCCAUCAUCCGCCCACGAACCACCCACUCAUGGAACUGAGCCUAUCCGGGAAGCAAGAAUCCUCCCUCUAGAACAACAAUCUCGCCCUUGGGGAAAUCAGUGUCAUUCAAGUGACCCUGGGUCGGCUUCUGAUCCCAAUGAGGAUAACAUGGAGACAGGAGGCAAUGAUAAAGGCUUGGUCUCUGGUACCAAGCCGUUUCCCCCACUCCCGUUUCUGCCAAAACAGCGACCAACGCGACCUUGUGAUUUGGACCCUGAUCGUGCUCAGAAUCCGUCUGAGAAUAUGAACUACAUCCAACAUUUGGACCUACUGCCGCCUGACUUAUUGCCUGGACAGCAGAGUAUCCAGGACGUCCACCUAGACGCUGAAGGCUGGGUGUCAUUGAACCUGCUGUACAACUUGGCCCAGCUCCACUUGAUCAAUGUGACACCAGACCUCGUUCGCUCGGCCGUCAUAGAAAUCAGCACCAAAUUGCAGUUAUCUCCUGACGGCCAUAAAAUUCGAUGGCGAGGCGGAUCUAAAGAUACCAAGUUCAAUAGUCACAGCUCUGGCUACGAAUCUGAAGAAAUUCCUUCUGCCGAUGAUAUCGAUGGUUCGGAAAAGAAACGAGAGCGUCCGAAGACUAGCCCUUACACUAGUACUGAAUCCCAAUUCGGCGGCUCAAGUAAGGAUCCGCUUAACUUUGAUUCACGGCUUUGCGCUCGAGUUGAAAGUUUCCACUACAAGCCACUGUUUGCUCAGCAGGAUUCGUCAGGUGGGCACACUUCACCGGGUGCGUCGGUUUGCUCGUCUAUAGCCGUGGACGACAAUAACCCUGGCGGGUCGGGCUUCGGCUUGAAUCACUCCAGAGGGUCGGCUGGCAAAUGGCAACACCACGAAGGUGCUAUCACAUACUACAGUGGCGCACCUUUUUGCACUGAUUUAUCGGGUGAUCCAGCUGAUCUAUCACCAACCACUCGCACGCCCUCGAGCGCCCAAAACAGAAGGGACUCUCAGCAACUACCAAACUUCGCUCGGUCUCCUCGACGAACAACAUCUGGGUCCUUCAUCAACUACAGGCCGUUGACGGAUAGAUGCCAAGACCUGCGUCAGCAGAUUUCAGCCAUGGGCGAGGAUAACAAUGAAGUUCAGGGCCUGAUAAACGAUGACAGGGAACAAAGCAGCGAUAUCGAGCUGGAUUUGAUUUGGAACGACGCUCAGCAAGACAUGGGUCAGCAGCCCUUGGUACCCUGCGGACUUGGUGGUGUUCGCCCUGAUGAUCACUUUAUGAUAUUUGUCGAUACUAAGCGGCCUAAGCAAGAUAUUCUCCCAUGGGCCUGUAAGCCUCAGAUUGGGAGGUCGAAUAAAGGCACAGAAAGGAUCAUUUGCCACCGCGCGGCGACAGUAACUUCUGGUCCUAUUGUCGGCGGUUCAGAAAUAAAAGCGAUCGAAGAAUCACGGCCUAUCGAGAUUGAGUAUCUAUCAUGGCGCACAAAGAGACUGAUACCAGUUCCAUUGCCAUCCCCUGCCAGUUUCUUUCCGCCGUUUAGCACUGAUGAUUCCACAUCCGACGACGAUGACGAUCCAUCUAUAGAUGCAGAUAACGCUAGAUCGUCAGAGGAGCACAUGGGCCGGCAGACGAUUUCAUGUUAUUCCAGAAGCUACCCCUAUAGCGUCAAUAUUAGCACCAGCGUCAAUGCUGAUGAAGCUCCAGACGAAUCGUCUUGAGACAUAGAAUAUGCACUCUAUUAAUCGAAAAAUUGUAACAAAGAUCUUGCCUAACUGUAUUCAGGAGG